CACUUGAUUUAUUAAAGGAGCUUAAGAAUAUUCCCAUGACCCUUGAGUUGUUACAGGGGCUGAGGAGAUGCUAGAAGGAAUUGUACCACUGGCUCUCCAUACUCACUUUCAGUAGCCUGUCUUCGGUGCUCAGCCACAGAAGGGGAAAAGUGAAAGGGAGUACAAGAGCUGCUGCAUCUAGUUGGUGCUUUCUGUUAAUGUCAGAAUUCAGAGUCCAUCCUGAAAAACUUUAGUUACAGUCUACCAGAAUUGGAAUGUCAGUGAAUGCAAUACGCAAGCAAAGCACGGAUGAAGAAGUUACAUCUUUAGCAAAGUCUCUUAUCAAGUCUUGGAAGAAGCUGUUAGAUGGACCUUCAACUGAUAAAGAUUCUGAAGAAAAGAAAAAGGAGCCUGCCUCUUCCUCACAAAGCAGUCCUGAAGCAAGAGAAGAAAGCGGUUCAAGUAGUAAUUCCAGCAGCAGGAAGGAAGAGGGUAAUGCUCCCUCAAAUUCUUUCAUCCCUUCUUUUCCCCGUGCUCCAAGCACUUCGGAUUCUGUACGAGUGAAAUGUAGAGAAAUGCUCUCCGCAGCUCUCAGAACAGGAGAUGAUUAUAUUGCUAUUGGUGCUGAUGAGGAAGAACUGGGUUCUCAGAUUGAAGAAGCUAUUUUUCAAGAGUUAAAAAACACUGAUAUGAAAUACAAAAAUAGAGUACGAAGUAGGAUAGCUAAUCUCAAGGACACAAAGAAUCCAAACUUAAGGAAAAACGUACUAUGUGGGAACAUACCUCCUGACAAGUUUGCCAAAAUGACAGCAGAGGAAAUGGCAAGUGAUGAGCUGAAAGAAAUGCGCAAAAAUCUGACCAAAGAAGCUAUCAGAGAGCACCAGAUGGCUAAAACAGGAGGUACCCAAACUGAUCUGUUUACAUGUGGCAAGUGUAAAAAGAAGAACUGUACAUACACUCAGGUUCAAACCCGCAGUGCUGAUGAACCUAUGACAACAUUUGUUGUGUGUAAUGAAUGUGGAAACAGAUGGAAGUUCUGUUAGAAGAAGAAAUUAUCAAGACAUCUGGACCAGUAUGAAAGUGGAUUUUGUAAUUAGCUUUAAAAACUAGGCUAAACAUCUAGCUUCCUGCAAAAAUGAGGGUGUUUUUUCCUUUUUUCUUUUCCUUUUUUUUUUUUUUUCUGUUAAGCAGCGUACAUCCCUGAAGUUAGCCUUUGUUAUGACACAACCAUCAUUUCGUUAAAUGCCUUCCUAGAGUUAAUAGUCAAUAGGGCCAGGUUGCUCAACUGUAUGGUGAAUGUUAAAAUAUUUUUUCAUUUUUAUAAGUAAGUUGACAUUAAACUUUUACCAAUUAAACAUUUUGGUAACUGGCUUGUUUUUUCCUAACGAUAUGAAUAAUAUACUGUAUUUUUUUUACAGUCUGAAACAUGCAUUCUCUUCCCAUAUGUAUUUUACCUCUCCACUUCUGUUAAAUUGUAAGAAUGGAUUGUGUUUCUUAUAGCUGUGUUUACUAAUACUGCAAAGAGAAAAGGCAUCCAACUUCAUUUUAAGCAUAUUGAAUUCAUUUGUUAACUGAAUCACAUUUGGUUAACUCUCUGGUUUGUACAUAGCAUUUCUGAAUUAGUACUAGAAUUCUGAUCAUGGGUUUUGGAAAUUUAUUAAUGGAUAUGUUUUGCAAUAGUUGGUUAACCCUGUUUAUGUAACCAGUUUUGAUCAGUGCAAUUUAUUUUGUUGCUCUAAAGUGUGUAUCUUAUGUUCUAUCAGUAGAUAUUAUUUCUAGGAACGUCUUAGAAUACUUGGCUAAGAUAAACUGACUGGAGUAUUAAUAGUAAAUUAUUUUCAUAUAAAUGACAUCAAUUUUGUUCAUGAACUGAAUUUUGAAAUGUAGAGUAACUAACGUAAUUCCUUAUCACAAAAGCCAGAAGAACAAGUAAAAUGAUAGAAAUGCUGUUUGUUAGAGCUUGUUCUUUUAGCAGUGCACAUGUUUAAAAGUAUUUUCCACACUUUCUCAAGAAAUAUCAACGUCUUUAGAAGAGAUAAAACAUUUACAUUACACCUGA